AAACAUUCCCUUAAAUUUUCAAAAUUUUUGUCUUAACUUUUUUCCAAAACAUAUGGGUCCUUUUAAUCUGCUCCAAACUCUUCUAGGCAGUAAGAACAGAAGCCAACAUUCAUGAAAGCUGAAGUGUCAAGAACUGUUCUGGGCCCUAGGGCACUGUUCAUGUUUUAUUCAUUUUUGUAUAGGUGACUACUUUACCAAAGAAUCUGAGAUACUGUUAAGUCAAUUAACAUUGCUGAAACAAAUCAGUCAACAAAAUAAGGCAGAUGAUGUGGCUACUUCAAAUGAAUACUCUUACAUUAUUGCUCAGAUUUGAAACAAACCUAAAAUAUGCCAGCCUUUAAAAUUACUUUGUGUUUGCAACGGAAAAGGAGGUUCAUUUUCGUAUAUAGUACCUGAAACUCCAAAAGUUAAAUACAAAUUAGUAUUCAAAAUAAAUUUCAUGUAUGCUUAACCGUAACUUAUUAGAAAUAAGCUAUUAAAAAAUGCAUAGGUUCUUAAGGACUUUUUCCUCCUAAUUUUUGUCUAUCUAUGAAUACAGUGGCUCAGGAAAAAUAAAUAUUCACAAGCCACUGAUCCUUCUAACAUCAGAUAUUGUUAGUUUCACUAACAUGACUAAAACAUUUUCAGAAGUUCCGAUACAAAUAAAAAAACGAGUGCAGGGCUACCGAAGAACCCAUGAGGACCACGGUCAUUACUUUGGAAUCGAGUACUGUCGCCAAUCCCAGGACUUGAGAAGGUAAGACGCAGGGUGAGCAUCAAUGGGAGUACACCGACGGGGGAGGGGAGGGAAGGGAAAUGAAAAGAUCAGAGAAGAUUAAUUACCACAUUAUUUGUGAAAGGGGAGGAGAUGGUGGCUUGGGCCGAUGGGCGAGGACCCCUCGCAAGGGAGUGGAAAAGGUUCUUUUCGCAGUUAGAAGGGACAGGGGAGUGGGAGGAGGGGCAACGAUCAACAGGAACCUUCCCGAGGUGGAAGGGGUGCGUCACGAACGUAGCCGCCUCUGGAAAGAGAAAAUCUGCCCUCAGGACGACCUCAGUAAGCAAUGGUGAAGGAAGGGGGAGUGACCUUCCUAGGUGUGACGGAGGAAAUACAGGAUCACUUCCCAAAGAACGGAGAGAGACGACGUUCCCAUGCCGCCCUGCUCUCAUCAGCCGCUGGCCUGCCAUCUCCUUGAGUCCUAACACCAUGCCUUCAAUUAAGUUGCAGAGUUCUGAUGGAGAGAUAUUUGAAGUUGAUGUUGAAAUUGCAAAACAAUCUGUGACUAUUAAGACCAUGUUGGAAGGUUUGGGAAUGGAUGAUGAAGAAGAUGUUGAUCCACUCCCCUUGCCAAAAGUUCAUGCAGCAGUAUUAAAAAAGGUCAUUCAGUGGUGCACCCACCACAAGGAUGAUCCUCCUUCUCCUGAGGAUGAUGAGAACAAAGAAGAGUGAACAGAGGAUAUCCCUGUUUGGGAUCAAGAAUUCCUGAAAGUUGACCAAGGAACACUUUUUGAGCUUAUAUUGGCAGCAAACUACUUAGACAUCAAAAGUUUGCUUGAUGUUACCUGCAAGACUGUUGCCAAUAUGAUCAAGGGGAAAACUCCUGAGGAGAUUCGAAAGACAUUCAAUAUCAAAAAUGAUUUUACUGAAGAAGAGGAAGCCCAGGUACACAAAGAGAACGAGUGGUGUGCGAAGUGAAAUUUUGUGUCUGAUGCUGUAACACUGUAAGGAUUGUUUCAAAUACUAGUUGCACUGCUUUGUUUAUAAUUGUUAAUAUUAGAAAAACGGUCCACAAAUGCAGCAGCAAAUCAGUUGUAUUAGCAGAAUGUUGUCCUCAUUGCAUGUGUAGUUUCAGUACAGAUUCCAAACUUAUGGCUCAGUUUCUUCUAGUAUGAUCAAAAGUUCUUUUUUCUUUGCUCUGAAUAAAAUUGAACUGUGGAUUCUCUAUAGAAAGUAGCAUUUUGGGCUCUCCCUCUUUUUGUAAAGCAAUUUCUGCCUAGUUUAUUGUCCGGUUAACUUUAGUUUAGUGACUUUUAAAAGUUGGCAUUGUAAGUAAAACAACUUGCAAAAAAUUUUCUGAAAUAGAAUUAACAACGUAUUAUCUUUAUUCAUGAGUUGGAAACUGGAAAAAGGCUACUUGAGGUAAAUGUUAUCAGAGUGGGGUUAUCAGAAUGUCUUCCAGCUUCCUGGAGUCAGAGUACCACUGGUAUUGAUUAGCCUGUAUGUAGCAGGGCUCCCUUAAUUGGAUCUGAGGACUUGUUUUUGCAUUUUUAAUCCUCUCAGCUUUGAAUAUGUUGGCUAGAGGCUCAGUUACUACUCA